UACAUCUAUUCCGCUGCCAUGGACGGACAUUGAGGCCUAGCUAGCUACCAUUGCGUGAUUGUGUUAUCUGGCUUUUAGCACGCUGCAGCUAUUCCGUCUACAACUCGCAAAUGUGCGGUAGCUAGUUAACCUGAUGGAAUGGCAAUGGUUUUGCCCGGAUACAUCACAUCUAACUACACUGCUAUCUGUGACUGAAUUUGUAGCCUGUUCUGGAAGAUAUUUGUCAGCGAUAUGUUUCCCUAUUUACCCUGCAUAGAUACUAGCCCAGCUAACUAGCAACGUAGCGCACGCCUGCUAACUCCUCAGAAUGGUUUCCAAUUCACAUUUUCAACUGUUAGCCAAGAACCAAUAACAACUACAGUACAUCACAAUGCAUUGACUAAUCUAGGCCUAUCCAGAAUGUAAAUGAGACUUGUCAGCAAGUUAAUGUACAGCUCACAAGCUAGCUAACGUCACAUGCAAUGGUGGACAGUCAUGAUUUUAGACAAGGCGGGACUCUUAAAACACGCCACUUCGAUACAGCCACGACCGGAAGUGACUUUCCGUUACAGGUUAGGAGAGCAUUUUCGCGAACCCUUUAACUAACCCUAAACUAAUUACCCUAACCAACUGUAAAUUAUAACCUGCAACGAAAAAUUUACUUCCGGUCGUAGAUGUGUCGAAGUGGCGUGUUUUUAAGGAGUCCCGUUUUAGAUAGCUAAGAAUCAAUAUCAAGAAGACCUAUAAUACUUGUAUCUGCAACUUCGUCUUAAAAGUUAGCUUUCUAGCUAACAUUGUCUACAACCAUGAUCUAACUAAUGUACAUGAACAGCUCGUUGUCUGGAGCCUCUGGUCCAUUUUGUGCCACUAGGCACUACACAAUAGCCCAUGAUUAGCAGGCAAAGUUAGACCAUGACACAUGCACUCACUGAACUGUUCUCCAGUAUAUUCAACUAAUUAAACAUCUGUGUGGAACUGUAAAAGAAGAGCAAUUAAUGUGCAAACUGAACUUUUCAAAUAUGUUUAUUUCAAGGAACCAUAGGGUACAUCAUUCUCAGUAGUAUAAAGUAACUUCCUCCUUUCCAGAUGCACCCACAUUAGGAAUCUUGCUGAAGAAGCCAACACAAUUGAGUAGCUUAUAAAUAAUAAAUACAGUUAUUUGUCCUAUGACUCAGACUAACUCAGGUAAAACUUCACCCCAGCACACAGUGAACAGUGGGGAAAAGAAAAGGUUCUUUCUCAAUUGUCCUCGAUUCCAGGGCCCUGUCCAGAAACACCCCCUACCCUCUGGACACUUCUGGAGAUUUGAGAGGGUUGAACAGGUCUGAAUGAUGUCGGACCAAGAUUUGGCAGAGAUGGUACAGAUAGCAGUGGAGGACUUAGGCCAAGGCGACCAGACUGAUGUUUUGGACAAUCAUGAAGAUUGUGAUGACAAGCCUGACAGGAAAAGGCCAAGGGUGGACAACAGCUCCCAGGAUGCAUCUCUAAAGACCUUGUUGUACUCCAUUAGCCAGACGAUCUGCCAGCGUCUGGACAACAUGGAGGCCAAGCUGCAGGUGGUGGAGGCGACGUGCCGGGCCCUGGAGAGGAAGCUGGAUGCUGUUGUCAACAAGAACCAGGCGCCCAUCCAGGUCCCCAUGGUGGCCGGCUCCCCUCUGGGUGCCACCCAGACCUGGAAUAAAGUGCGUUGUGUUGUUCCACAGACCAAUGUGAUAGUGAGCCAAGACCGACCGAAGGGCCAGGAGGAGCCAGUAACUCGAGGGGCAGAUUCCCUGGAGAACCUCCUCAGCAACACGGUGGGCGGGCGGAGGCAGAACACGUUCCUGGUGAAAGUGCCGGCGCCGGAGGACAGCCAGGAGGACCAGGAGAGCGGCUCAGAGGCCAGUGACUCUGUGUCCAACAGCGGCCAGACCAACAACGCCCAGAGCACCCAGAACGUCACCCUCAUCACCCUCAACUCAGAGGAUGACUUCCCAGCAGGUACGUGGCUUGGCGACGAGAACAAUGCAGAGAUGCGCGUGCGCUGCCCGGUGUCGCCGGGCGACAUGCUCCACAUCAGCACCAACUGCCGCACGGCAGAGAAGAUGGCACUGACACUGCUAGACUACCUAUUCCACCGCGAGGUGCAGGCCAUCUCCAACCUGUCGGGCCAGGGCAAGCACGGCAAGAAGCAGCUGGACCCACUCAUGAUCUAUGGCGUACGCUGUCACCUGUUCUAUAAGUUUGGCAUCACUGAGUCAGAUUGGUACCGUAUCAAGCAGAGCAUCGACUCCAAGUGUCGCACUGCGUGGAGACGCAAGCAGCGCGGCCAGAGUCUAGCGGUCAAGAGCUUCUCCAGACGUAGCGCCAACGCACCGGGAAGCUCAGAGGGUGGCGCUGUGGUGGAGGCAGCCCAGCAGACUCUACACUACACCCUGGCCAACCAGGCUGUCCAGCAGGUCCAGAUCCACCGCAUAGGAGAGGACGGACAGGUGCAAGUGAUCCCUCAGGGACAUCUCCACAUUGCCCAGGUGCCACAGGGGGAAGAGGUGCAGAUCACACAGGACAGUGAGGGGAACCUUCAGAUCCACCAGGUACAUGUUGGGCAGGAUGGACAGGUGCUGCGUGGGGCCCAGCUGAUAGCGGUGGCAUCAGCCGAUGGGGGGGCCACAGCAGUGGAGGGCUCCCCCCUACAGGCCAGUGACAUACAGGUGCAGUAUGUCCAACUGGCCCAAGUCAACGACCACACCGCUACUGUACAGGCGGCGGAGCUGGCCCCAGCAAUGCAGGGUGAGAUGGAGGUGAAGGAGGGAUCCCUCCAUCUGCCAGCGGGGGAGAACGGGGAGGUGGUGCAGAUCGUCACCUCUGUGGGGACAUAAGGGCCACCGAGGGCCUUGAGAGAGAGAGAUGGCCAGCACCCUACGACAGAGUUACAGAGGUGUAGGUGGAAGUGAUGGAGAAGUGGGGGUGGUCCAUAGACAGACCCUUAAAUAUACAAUUAAAUAAAUAAGAGAAAGUUAGAAAAUGUCAAAAGAACAACAGAAGAGAUCAAGAGAAGUGGUUUUGUUAUUUUAUAUUGACUUGGUCCAGCAACCACUCGUUCAUUGUCAACCAACAGUAUGGAAAUGUCCAUAGAGCACACAGGCUUUCAUAGCUUCUAUCAAGAACUAGUUAACUCACAUUGUCGUCAUCAAAAGAGGACCAGAAGACCUGGCCUGGGCACAGUGCAGGGGAUUAAACCCUACCCAUAAAGGAUGCUGCUCAGGCAGACCAUCACUACCUACACCUCAGCAUCAGUGUGAAAUGUUUACAUCAACUCUGGAAAAGCAUGGAGCUAUUAGAAGUUAAGCCGCUCGGCUCAAUAUCCCUCUCUUGAGGGGUUAGAGUAGGCUAGGCUAACCCCCUGGACCCGUACUUCACACAACCAAUACUGUACUGUUCUCCUCUCUAGCAUCCUGCAAUCGUGUCAUGCUGGACUGCUGUGGAAAGUAAUACAAGUCUAACGGUACUUACUAAUGGUUGAGUUUUCUUUGGCUUUUUUUCUUUCUCUCUGUUUGUACAUCAUUUCUGGGAUGGACCCUUACUUUCUUUGCCAUUUUUUCCUAGCUUUAUUUCAUAUUGGUUAACCCACAUAGCUUUUGUUUGUUUGUUCCAUGUACAUAAUUGUACCACGUCUAAAUGUUUGCGGAGCUUUGGUUGGAGGUAGACAACCACGAAAUAGCAAAGAUGAUGUUCAUGAUAAUACAUGACAAUGAGUUACAUGUAGAGUAGCCAACAUAUUUUUUUUGUUUUUCCUGCUGUAUUUCUGUGAAGGAUACAUUCGUGUGAAUAAAAUGUUUUGUGGUUGCCACAAA